GUGGGCGAUCACAUCGAGUACCUCCCUCACCAACAACAAUCUCGAGCAGCAGUCAAGAUGGCAGACAACAAGCAGCCCACGAGCGACCCCAUGGCGGGUAUGGCGCACAGCGAGGCGCAUUACUUCAACAGCUACAACCACCACGGCAUCCACGAGGAAAUGCUGAAGGAUGAAGUGCGAACUAAGAGCUACCGCGACUCCAUCUACAACAACAAGCACCUGUUCAAGGACAAGGUCGUCCUCGAUGUCGGAUGCGGUACAUCCAUCCUGAGCAUGUUCGCGGUCAAGGCUGGCGCAAAGCACGUGAUUGGCGUCGACAUGUCCACGAUCAUCUACAAGGCGCGAGAGAUUGUCGAGGCCAAUGGCAUGUCGGACAAGAUUACCCUGCUGCAGGGCAAGAUGGAGGAGGUUGAGCUGCCUUUCCCAGAGGUCGACAUCAUCAUUUCAGAAUGGAUGGGAUACUUUUUGCUGUACGAGAGCAUGUUGGACACUGUGCUUUGGGCCCGUGACAAGUACCUCCGCAAGGACGGCAAGGGCUUGAUCUUCCCAGACAAGGCUACCAUCUACAUGGCUGGUAUUGAGGACGGAGACUACAAGGACGAGAAGAUUGGCUUCUGGGACAACGUGUACGGCUUCGACUACUCUCCACUCAAGCACACCGCCCUCACGGAACCCCUCGUCGACACAGUCGAGCUCAAGGCCGUUGUGACCGAUCCUUCCGCAGUCAUCACUCUCGAUCUCUACACCUGCACAGUCGACGAUCUCUCAUUCAAGCUCCCAUACGACCUCACAGUCCGCCGAACAGACUACAUCCACGCCUUGAUCGCCUGGUUCGACAUUGAAUUCUCCGCCUGCCACAAGCCCGUCCGCUUUAGCACUGGUCCUCACACAAAGUACACACACUGGAAGCAAACCGUCUUCUACCUGGCCGACGUACUCACAGUAGAAGCCGGCGAGCACAUCACCGGCCAACUCGAGUGCAGACCUAACAAUAUCAAGCACCGAGACUUGGACAUUGGAAUCGACUACAAGCUUGAGACGCAAGACUCGCACCGCAUUGCGGACGGGCAUUGCGAAUACAAGAUGUGCUAGAGCAUUUUCAGCGAAGGAGUUUCAGGAGUGGGAUUGUGCAUUUUGCACGAUAUGAGCAUGUGCAUAAUGCUGGAGCAUUUUGAUGUCCUUUGUGUUUCGGUUUCGUUUGUCGAAAUGGGUCGCAGCUUUGGCUUCGCUGACCGUGUAUGGAUAGCAUUUUGCGAGUAGUGCAUAUCUAUCAUCGUGCGUUGUGAGAAAACGCGAACGCGAUGGCCACAUUCCCGGCUUUCCGGAUCACGCAUGGAGAUUUCUUGGCGCAUCAGGCCGCUUGCUUACUUCACUCAAUACCAGCACAGCUUGCCUUGGCUACUUACAUAAAGGUAACCAAAAUGGGAAACUCAGGCAGCC